AAAGGUUCCAUUUUAUCACUUACGUUCAUUCACAUAUUUUCGCCAAGAGUUCGGGCCUCCCAUUGUCUUCCAGUUCGCAGAUAGAACCUCGACCGCUGGGCCCCUAGACGCGGAGCCAAUGGUCAUUCUCCCGCCCUUUCUGAUCUAAACAACGAAGAGUACAUUCGGACAAGCAAUCGGUCUUUCUCUUUGCUAGAGCACUCUGUCUCUCAUAAUGGCGAAUGCCAUCGGUUCAGCAUGGCGCUCCUUUUGGCAUACAAUGACUUCCUAUGAUCGUCAUGCAUCCCACGACUCGCCUUAUCGAUCGGGUAAACAUGUGCCUCUCAGUCAAAGCCGACACGAGCCUCUCACAUCAAUUGCGACAAGUGCCAUCGAAUCGCGCCCGGACCUGACUGCUCCCUACGAUGACGACCAACCCAAAGGCUCGAAUGGCUGGUCAGGCUCUCCUACGGGUACCGGGUCCCCCAAUCGCCCAUAUUCUCCGGGUAUGCGUUCCUUGUCAUCGCAAAAACGGCAGUCAACCGACCCCGGAGUUGAUGGAGCUCCCGAGAUUCAGAUGCAAAGCUUUCACGAUGGUGCCCCGCCUCCGCCCCCAGUUGGCCAUUCGUGGAGAAAAAUUGAUAAAUGGCUGGAGCAUAAUUACGAAGAGCUUUUUGAUAACUUGUGCGAGGGAUGUACACAGAACGACAUCAACGAACUAGAGCACGAAUUGGAUUGUAGCUUGCCCCUAGAGGUGCGGGAGUCCUUGAUGAUGCACGAUGGUCAAGAACGCCCUGGAUUGCCUACCGGUGUUAUCUUUGGAUGUAUGCUCCUUGACUGUGAGGAGAUAGUGCAGGAAUGGAAGAACUGGAGGACGGUCAAUGAAGAAUUCUUGAGCAGCUCAAUGAUGAACCCGGUUCCGAAAGCAGCCGCCAGUUCGUCCUCAUCCGCAUUGCCUGCGCAAGCAUCCAAUCCCAUGUGGAGACAGGAUCUUCUCGAGCGUCAGGACUCACAGCCCCCGAACGCAGUCCAGAAGGCGUAUGCUCAUCCUGCAUGGAUUCCUCUGGCUCGCGAUUGGGGUGGUAACCACAUUGCGAUCGACCUUGCGCCGGGUCCUGCCGGUAAAUGGGGGCAGGUCAUCCUCUUCGGCCGUGAUUAUGAUUGCAAGUACGUGGUUGCCCGGUCUUGGGCCGCCUUCCUGGCCAUGUUUGCCGAUGAUAUUUGCAGCGGCAAGGUACAUGUGGACGAGGAAACCAACGAGCUUAAGCUUCUUGAGUUCAAAGCGCAGAAUGUCGAGCCUCCAUAUCUCGAGAUCUUACGGUGGAGAACCGACCAAAAGUAUGGUCGGAAGCCACCUCGCCGCAAGACUCCGAGCGGCUUAGGACUUAACACAAUAGGCAAAUCCGGCAAAGAAUCACCUUAUGGCAGCCCCACACCAAGUGAAGAACGGGGCAGGUCGCCGCAUCGCUUUUCAAAUCGUGGUUCCACACAGAGCCCGAAGACUCAAUUUGGUAUCUCAAGCCCUCUAGCUCGCGUCACGGAAGAGGUCCCAAGCCCCGUCCAUACUGCAGCGGAUGCUGAAAAUCCCGAGAAUGCGUCCAAGGAAGAACAGACAGAGGAUUUGAUGGAAAUCGCGACGCCCCAAAUCUCAGGGAAAGGAAACGACGAGAUCUCGGAAGCCGAGCCUGAGCAUGGACUUUCGGAAACAGACAAGACGCCUUUGAAUCAACCACCUUCCGCCACCGGCUUGGACCCCGAGGUCUUAGGCGAGAUGAAAAAUGUAACUAUCUAGACAUCAUUGUUGCAGGGCUGUUCUGUUCUUUGUAUUUCUGACAACCUGUUUCCUUCUCCCACACCUUCACACUUAAAUCAUGAGCAUAUCUUGCCUCUGCAGUAUUAAUGAAGGCUGAUCUUUUGCAUUGUCGAGUACUUCAUUGUCGUC